AUUCAACAGCUUAGCGCAAUACCAACAAUUAGUGUUUAAUUGGCUUAUUUUAGAGUCAGGUGACCAGAAAAACUUAAAAAAAUUGUUUUUGAAAAAUGGGCACUGGAAAGAGAAACUAUCAGGCUCCCGAAUGGCUGACCACUGAAUUUUUACAAGAUGUACUCAAAGAGCAUUUCAAGGAGGAGGCAUUGUCGGUGAGCGAUUUAUUGGUGAAGAGCACAACUGUGGGCGAUAAAACUUCCGGCUUUGCAAGCGAAAUGCAUCGUGCCUGCUUUAAUCUACAACGUGGAGAUGUGAAAAGCAAAUUUUCAGUAAUAAUCAAGGACCAUCCGAAGGGACAGACGGGUGCCGUAGCUCAACGCAGUAAGCUUUUUAAGCGCGAGAUUUUGGCAUACAAAAAUGUACUGCCCAGGGUACAAAAGCUGCUGGAAUCAAUUGGUGAGACGACACAAAUCACGCCCACCUGCUACUACACAACAGAGACGCCAGAGCCUUUCCUCAUACUGGAAGAUAUGCAGAUGAGCGGGUUUGAGAACUUUGAGCAAGGUCGUCUGUUAAAUCUGGAUUACGUUCUGCUAGCCGUUGAGAAACUAGCCAAACUUCAUGCUUGCAGUGCUGUUAUCGCUCAGGUCAGUCCCGAAGUGCUUGAGUUUUUUGAUGAGGCACCCAUUUCUCGCAAUCCAGAUCGUCGCGAUUUUCUUAGUUUCUUUCCUGUCAAUAUUCGCUGCGUGGCCGAGGAGAUGACGCAUUGGAAAGGCUUCGAAGACAUCACCGAAAAAAUGUUUAAGAUAGCGGAAAAUGUACUUCAAAGUGCAGUCAACAUGUAUGAUGAACAGCAAAAGGGUUUCAAGGUUUUCAACAUGGCUGAUAUUUGGAUCAACAAUCUUAUGUUCCAUAUUAACAAUGAAUCAAAAGAACCUGAUAAUGUAGUUGCUCUGGAUUUUCAGUUGGCCUAUGUCGGUUCGCCUGCAGUCGAUCUAAACUAUUUUCUGUUUGGCUCCUUUAAUGAAAAUGUGCGGAAGGUGCACUAUAAAUACGUAAUUCGAGAGUAUCACCGGGUGCUGCAACAAACGCUUGAGAAGCUAAAAUAUCAAGGUCACAUUCCCACACUUAAGGAGCUACAUAUUGAUCUGAUUAACAACAGUCUUAUUAGUGUAAUUGCCGCAACUUGCUUAACGCCAUUAAUAUUUAGGGAAGGCGCUGGCUUUGAUAAUCUAGAAGAUUUAAAUUCGCGUACUGAAACUGGUGAUCGCUUUCGACGAGAAAAUGUAGAAAAUCCCAAAUACCGCGCGUUUUUACAACGAACUGUUAAGGAAUUUGAAUUAUCUGGAUUCUUGGACACAUAAUACUAUAACAUUAAAAGGUUAAGACUAAUUAUUACAUUUAUUCAAACCACAACAUAAUAAAGUUAUUAUA